AUUCAUUCAUAAUAUAUAUAUUACAACUACAUAGUUUAUCACACACACAAAAAAAAAAUCAUGAGGCCACACAACAUUUUUCUCCUCAUAUUAGGCCUUGCUACUUACAUUACUUUCAUUUCUUUAAAACAACAACCUCAUCAUUAUAACCACUACUACUAUUUUGGUAACAACAUCUAUAACAUCCACAUUAUCAAUGGCUUCACCAACAAUUCAUCUCUCCCAUUGAUAGUAUGGUGCUCGUCCGAUGAUGACUCCGGUGACAUCGGGGGACGUGCCCUCCAAGAACGCGAUGAUUUUAGUUGGAGUGUCGAAACGAAAUUUUGGAAGAACACUAUGUACUUGUGUACAAUGAAAUUGGAUCAAAAAAGGAGGAAAUUUCAAGCAUUUCAUGGAAAUAGAGAUGUUCAAAGGUGCAAUCCUACUAAGCAUUGUUUUUGGUUGGUCAAAGAAGAUGGUUUUUAUUUUAGUAAUGAUGAAAUAUAUUGGCAAAAAGAUUUUUCUUGGAUUUAAGUGAUCUUGAGAUGUAUUUUUGUUAGUCUAUUUUUUUCCCCCUCAUCAUGACGAGAGGUUAUGUUUUUCGAAUGAGUUUAACUUAUAUAUAUCGAGAAUAUAUUCAGUUUUGCGAUUGAGUGUUGUUACGCCAAAUUUUUGAAAACUAAACUUUAAAUUAUUUGAUCAAAAUUCACAAGA